ACAGCCCCAUGUUCGGGAGGGCCACCAGCCGGCACUUUUCCCAAGGAGCCCGUGCCAGCUUGUGCGGAGGCCCCGUGGCCUUCCCGCUGCGGCUGCGUCGGCAGCCAAGGGGGCUCCUUCUGCUGCCGUGGGCAGGCACAGCAGGGGAGGGUUUGCUUAGUUUUUCAGCUGUGCCUAAAGUUCAUGUCCAGCUGUCUUGGAUACUUUGGAGAACGGACUCCUUCCCACCUGGGGCAGGUUGUUUGGGCUGGGGGAGUCCCCAGGGCACGUGGCAGUGUGUCACAGGGCCCUUUGUGACACGGUGGGCAUGGCACAGGGCAGGGUGUCACAGGGCCCUUUGUGACACGUGAGGACAUAGUACUGGUGGUGAGGUGGCAACACCUCAGUGCUCCUCGGAGCGUGCGACGGGACGGACGGGACAGAGCGGAGCUGUGCGGAGCCCCCGUGCAGCCAACUCAUUCCUUUCCGACCGAAGCGUUUUGGAGGCUUUUCUUUUGUGCGAGCGACCUCGAGGCCAGACUGCGGGACUUGGUGACACGGAGCUUUUGCGAGGUGUCCCCAAUCCCUGCGGAAGGUGCCCCUGAGGCCACAUUUCAGGACUUUAUCACCUAUACUUUUUCCUAGGCUUAUCUCUUUCAGGUGCCCUCGAGGCCAGAUCGCAGGAUUGGGGACCCGGAAAUUUUCCGGACUCUCCAAUCCCUGCGGUAGGUGGCUUCAAGGGCAGCUUGCCGGACUUAGUGACCCGGAGAUCUUCCGAGGUGUCUCUCUCUUGCAGGUGCCCUCCAGGCACCUGUGAGAUGGCGGGAAGACGCCUGAGCCUGCUCAGACCCUUUCGGAUGAAGAAGGAAGGCCCUGGGACUGCCCCAGCACAACACCCUGAGGAGGUGGAGCAGUCCCAGCCCCUGCAGGAGGAUCCAGGACAGGACAGGACACAGGAGCAGGACCGUGCCCGUGGCCGCUUCCGCAGGGCAGCACAGGCCUUUCUGAAAUUCCUGGGCAUUCGCCAUAGAAAGACCAAGAUCACACCAUCCGAGGUCAUGGCACAGCCUGACCCUAUGCCCAGUGAGCUCAAGGUGCACCCUGAAGUCGGCACCGCGUCGACUGACAGCACAGCAAACUGUGACACCGCGGUGACCGAUGAUGGGACAAACUCCAACACCGCCCUGCCUGAGCUCACCAUGGAGGUGGAUGGUGCAACGACUGAGGGCAUCGCAGACACUGAGAGCACACCCGUUCAGUGCCUGCCUGAUGCUCUCAGUGUGGACGUUCUUGAUGAGGGAGUUGUCUCUGCUCAAGUGCCAGCUGUGGUGAGGUACAUCCACUGGUGGCUGACUGCCCACGUGUCUGCCGGGCAUGUGCUGGAUAACACCCUUCUAGCACUGACCCAGGCACACCCCGCGGAUGUCACCAUCAGCCUCCUGCGCUGUGCCCCCUCAUGUGACAGAGCUGCCGCAGUCAUGUGGAGGACCAUCGCCUCGUCGGGAACGACCCUGGAGAAGGUGCUGCCAGUGCUGCUCUCUGUGAUGGAGGACUGGCCAUGGCACAGCACCUGCACCUCCGAUGGGGACAACGCAGAUGUCUUUGCCCUGGCUGCAACUCUGGCACUGUGGACGAUUGUCCAGGAGCCCCAGUGCCCAGGGCCAUUGAUGGAGUAUUCCCCCCAUCUCCUCAUGGCUCUGCUCUUCCAAGUUUUCAUCACCACAGAGCAGAUGCCCGAGGAGGUCGAAAGCUUCUGGAGGGGAUGCCGGGAGGAACACGACCUUCCCACUGACCCCAACAGAUUUGCAGUGCUGAGCAUGAAGGCCCUGCUCUGCUGCCUGCACUGUGAGGAUGUGGUGUGUUCAGUGGAACACAAUCGUGGCUGGGCGAGGCUCCUCAAUGCUCGCAGCCGCCGCUACGCAGUGGGUCUGCUGGCCAGGGAGAUGCGCCGUGUCUCCAGCCCCUUGUGUUCCCGCAUCGCACUCCACCUGCUGGAGUUGCUGAGCAGGGAGGAGCCGUGCUGGGACCUCCCUGCCAUGGCAUUCCUCGUGGAGGUCCUGGACUGCCUGGACAUGCGUGACUGGGGAGGCAGCGUUCUGCAGAGCCUUUCAAGGCACCUCUGGAGCGAGUGCCCAGAGAGGCGUCGCCUGGCGCUCCGAGGGCUCCUGGUGCUCAGCCAGGAUUCUGGGAUGGCCAAGAGAAUUUGGAGCCUAUCGGAUAGCCUGGUGCAGCUCCUGGGGGAUGAGGACAGAGAUACGGUUUGGAUGACGCUCUCUGUGCUCGACAACGUGCUCUGGAGCAGUGUCUGGACACAGCUCCAGAAAAGGGUCCAGAGCAAAGACCCCCUAAUAUCCACCCCCACCGGCCUGCAGUUGGCUGAGGCGCUCCGGCCACUCUUUGACCACGACGACAGCAGUGUGCGGGAGGGCUCCAUGGUCAUCUUCACACGUGUGAUGAAACUGAUAGAGAGAGCGGGAAAGAGAGCCCUGAAGCCACACGUGUGCCUGAGCCUGCUCCCGCUCUACUUCCACCGGCACGAUGAGAACCCGGUUGUGAAAAAGGCCUCUCAGAAAGCACUGCUGGCUGUGACCAGGUUCCUGAAGAGGAGGGAUCUUGGGCGCCUGGUCAACACAGAGGAGCCAUGGAGUUUUGGAGAGUGCCUGCUGGAAAAGGACCGGAGCCGAGUGGCCGAGUACGUGGACCAGGCCCUGCCGUACCUGUGGAGCCCACAGCAGCCCCUGCGAGAGGCGGCCGUCAAGUUCAUGGGGGUGGCCGGCAGGUACCUGAGGGGACAGUACAAAGAGCUGCAGCUCAUCAUCGAUGCCCUUCAAGCCACGACAGAUGACAGCAGCCCCACUGUCUCCAAGCUGGCACUUGAAAACAUCAACUUCCUUAGAGCUGUACAGAGAGCUCCCUACCUCCAGCAGCUGCGAGACCAGCUCUGCAGGGCAUGGAGUACCCGGCCUUCUGUGUGGGGCUGUGUGUGCCUGUGCUGCUGUAGCUGUGUGGAGAGCUGAUGCAGGCAGCUCUGUCUGUGGGAGCCACCUGAGCUUGUGGGGAAGACGCCUCUUCUCUGCAAGCUCUUCCUUUUACACUAGCAUAGGAAUAUUAAAUAACUCUUGUCAUCCA